UGGAGCAAUUUGGUACUACCCAAAUUCAGCCCUGGAGGACCUGCAGACCACACUGGCAGGCCUGGCAGCUGACACCAAAUACCAGAUUGUUUGUGGCGAUACAGUGAAAGCUGUUUACAAGACCGAUGGGCCGUACACAGCUUUCAUCUAUACACGAAUGAUACCAGAUAUGUCAAGGAGCGUAAUAGCUAACGACUCGAUGGUGAUUGGCGCUGACGUAUCGAUAACAAGACUAAUUAGCGAAUUAAGUGAAGCUGGAGACUCUCUUUCUGGAUUCGCUUACCUGAAGAAUAUCGCUGAGACCUGGAAAGCUGUUGCUAGUACAAGCGUCAGGAAUAUGGGCAGUUGGGGAGGAAACAUCGCAGCUAAGGUUCUACACCCUGAGUUUCCAUCGGAUAUUUUCCUUGGUCUCCUCGUAGCUGGUGCCGUAAUAACAACAGGUGGACCAGAUGGAAGUUUGGAGAAAUACAACUUGGAGGAAUUGUUGGAGGUCGACCUCGUAGGGAGACGUCGAGUGAUACUUGAUGUGGUCUUGACUCCAGCCUCUGAGGAUACUGUUGUGAGAACCUUUAAGAUACCCCCACGCCCCAGCAACACUCAUGCCCAGGUCAACGCAGGGUUCAGACUGCAGGUGGACGCUACCAACGCACAUACAGUCACAGGGUCUCCUAUUAUUGCUUAUGGAGGCGUUAACCCUUCCUUCGUAAGAGCCAAGGCCACUGAAGAGGCCCUCAAGGGUAUGAGUUUGGAGGAUGAGGUCGCACUCCAAGGAGCUCUAGAGGUCCUGGCUGGAGAGGUCAUCCCUGAUAACAACCCUGAAGACGCCAGCCCUGAAUAUAGAGUGGCCCUAACUCAGAACUUACUGUACAAGACCAUCCUGGGUAUAAUAGGUGACGUAGCAGCCAGCACCUUCACUAGCGGAGCCACUAACAUCAUUAGACCAAACUCCAGUGCUAAACAAACAUUUGACCAGAAUACUGAUGUUUGGCCACUAGCUGAACCUGUUAUGAAACUCGAGGCUCCUAUACAGUGUAGUGGUGAGUGUACAGUGUAG